AUGGCAGAUAAAACAGUGGAACCUGAGUCGGUGGCUAUCCCCAUGGAGGAGACCAUCGUAUGCAAUGGGGGAAGCCAGCCCCAGCAGCAGGAGGCGUCCAAGCUGACCAACCUGAAGAAGGUUGAGAACCAGAUCACCGAAGCACAGCGUUUCUCCCACCUGCCCAAACGUUCAGUGGUAGACCUGGAGUUCAACAAUAUCUCCUACACCAUCCAGGAAGGUUCCUGCUGGAGGAAGAGAGGUUUCAAAGCCUUGCUCAAGUGCUUGUCGGGCAGGUUUUGCAGCCGAGAACUGGUUGGAAUCAUGGGGCCUUCAGGGGCUGGGAAGUCCACCUUAAUGAACAUCCUGGCUGGAUAUAGGGAAACAGGGAUGAAGGGUCAGAUCCUGGUGAAUGGGAAGCCCAGGGACCUGAGGACCUUCAGAAAAAUGUCCUGCUACAUCAUGCAGGAUGACAUGCUGCUGCCGCACCUUACUGUACGGGAAGCUGUGAUGGUUUCAGCCAACUUAAAGCUAAGUGAAACUAUAGAAGUGAAGAAAAAACUGGUAAAUGAGAUCCUGACAGCCCUUGGUCUUCAUGAGUGUGCUCACACCCGUACCAACUCGCUCUCGGGGGGUCAGUGUAAGCGGCUGGCCAUUGCUCUCGAGCUAGUCAACAACCCUCCUGUCAUGUUUUUUGACGAACCCACCAGUGGAUUGGACAGUUCGUCAUGCUACCAGGUGGUCUCGUUGAUGCGUUCUUUGGCUCUGGGGGGACGAACUAUCAUUUGUACAAUCCACCAACCCAGUGCUAAACUCUUUGAGAUGUUUGACAAGCUGUAUAUUCUGAGCCAAGGUCAGUGUAUCUACAAGGGCAGUGUCCCUUACCUCAUCCCCUACCUUAAGACUUUGGGCCUCCAUUGUCCUACCUACCAUAACCCUGCAGACUUCAUCAUUGAGGUGGCAUCGGGAGAGUAUGGGGACUUGAACCCAGUGCUCUUUGAAGCCGUGCAGGGUGGAAUGUGUGCCUUAGAGGAGAAGAAGAACCAGUGCGAUAAGAUAGGCCCCUCAGUCUGUGCAACUGUGUGCCCCAAGGACUCAGGUCACAUAGAGAGCCAUACAUUUGCCACUAGCACACUGACGCAGUUCUGCAUCCUGUUCGAGAGAACGUUCAUAUCUACAUGUCGAGAUCAAGUGUUGACCCACCUCAGACUGAUGUCCCACAUCCUCAUAGGUGUGUUAAUCGGCUUGCUAUACCUGAACAUAGGCAACGAUGCAAGCAAAGUCCUCAACAACACCGGAUUCCUCUUCUUCUCUAUGCUCUUCAUCAUGUUCGGAGCACUCAUGCCAACUGUGUUAACCUUUCCCCUGGAGACGUCUGUGUUCCUGAGGGAACAUCUGAACUACUGGUAUAGUCUGAAGGCGUACUACCUGGCCAAGACCAUGGCUGAUAUUCCAUUCCAAGUAAUUUGCCCCAUCAUGUACUGCAGCAUAGUAUACUGGAUGACAGAGCAGCCUCCUGAGGCCAGCCGCUAUCUGCUUUUCAUAGCCCUGUCAACCUGUACUGCGCUGGUAGCCCAGUCCUUAGGCCUGCUAGUUGGGGCAGCCUCAACCUCCCUACAGGUGGCUACAUUUGUUGGCCCUGUCACGGCUAUCCCAGUGCUUCUCUUAUCUGGAUUCUUUGUCAACUUUGACACCAUCCCUAAGUACCUGCAGUGGAGCUCUUAUGUAUCCUAUGUCAGGUAUGGCUUUGAAGGAGUGAUCCUGUCCAUUUAUGGGAUGAACCGAUCAGAGUUGGAGUGUCCAACGAAGGUGUGUAAAUUCCAGCAGCCAGAAGAGGUUCUCCAGCUACUUGAUGUGGAGGAUGCCAAGCUGUACAUUGACUUCAUCGUCCUGGGCAUUUUCUUUGUCAUCCUACGACUGGCCACCUACCUCAUCCUCCGCUACAAGGUCAAGUCGGAGCGAUAG